GUAUAUAUUCGUGAGGAAUCCAAGCCGCAGCCCCCAGCAGCGAGUUGUAGGUUAGGUAAUCAGAUUUGCGUGCUAAUAGCAUUUAAAAUUAAUCUGAACGAGCCGCAGCGUAGAUACAAUUCAUCAAAUGCGAUUGUUAGUGAAACGCGCAAACCUGCUGCUGCUCCGAUGCACAGCGCAGUUUCGCCAGACGCAGGCGACGCCAGUGGCGGGCCUGGCAACCGGUUUCCAAUUCCACAAACUGGCGACAGCGACAAAAAGUGCCGCAACAGGUGCACAGCACGUUACUGAAACUGAAAACGAGCCAAUGGAAGCGCCUGUCACACAGAGCCAGAGCCAAGUGCCCAGAGCAGCUGCGAUCUCGCCCCUAACAGACAGCUUCGGACGACAUCACACAUAUCUGCGAAUUUCCCUCACCGAGCGCUGCAAUUUACGCUGUGAAUAUUGUAUGCCUGCCGAAGGUGUGCCGCUGCAGCCCAAAUCACAGCUGUUGAGCACCGAGGAAGUGCUGCGCUUGGCACGCAUCUUUGUGGAGCAGGGCGUGCGCAAGAUACGCCUGACGGGCGGUGAGCCGACAGUGCGUCGGGAUAUUGUCGAGAUUGUGGCACAGCUGAAGGCGCUGCCCCAACUCGAGCAUGUGGGCAUUACAACCAAUGGCCUGGUACUGACACGUAUGCUGCUGCCACUGCAACGUGCUGGCCUGGAUUCGCUGAACAUCAGCUUGGAUACGUUGCGCAAGGAUCGCUUUGAGCAGAUAACGCGACGCAAGGGCUGGGAGCGGGUCAUCGCGGGCAUUGACCUAGCCAUACAGUUGGGCUAUCGACCAAAGGUCAACUGCGUGCUGAUGCGCAACUUCAAUGAGGAUGAGAUUUGCGAUUUUGUGGAGUUUACGCGUGACCGACCGGUUGAUGUGCGCUUCAUUGAAUACAUGCCCUUUACGGGCAACAAGUGGCAGACGGAGCGCUUGAUUUCAUAUAGCGAAACGGUGCAGAUUAUACGUCAGCGUUGGCCAGAGUUUCAAGCGCUGCCCAAUGGCCCGAACGACACCUCCAAGGCGUAUGCAGUGCCUGGCUUUACUGGCCAACUAGGCUUUAUUACCUCCAUGACAGAACACUUUUGUGGCACCUGCAAUCGCCUGCGCCUGACAGCUGAUGGCAACAUUAAGGUGUGCCUGUUUGGCAACAAGGAGUUCUCGUUGCGCGAUGCCAUGCGCGCUGAAGGCUGCACCGAGCAGCAGCUGGUUGAGCUAAUAGGUGCGGCAGUGCAGCGCAAGAAGCGCCAACAUGCAGGUAUCGGCAGCAGCAGAACUAUGCUUCAUCCUCAUCAACUACAGCAUUUACAGCUGCGCAACUGCAGUGGUUUGACGCACAUCAACGCUCAAGGCAAGGCCCAAAUGGUUGAUGUCGCCGCCAAGGUACACACCACGAGAAUAGCCAGCGCAGAGGCCACUGUACAAGUGGGUAAGUGUCUAACUGCGCUUAUUGCAGCCAAUGAGCUCGCCAAAGGCGAUGUUCUAAGCGUGGCCCAAUUGGCCGGCAUCAUGGGUGCCAAGCAUACAUCACAACUGAUACCACUGUGCCACAAUAUCGCAUUGUCGUCGGUGCGUGUGCAGGCCACGCUGCUAGAGCAGCAGCAGUGUGUACGCCUGGUGGCCACUGUGCGCUGCAGCGGCCAAACUGGGGUGGAAAUGGAAGCCCUUACGGCCGUUUCCGUGGCUGCACUAACCGUCUACGACAUGUGCAAGGCCGUUUCCCAUGACAUCUGCAUCACAAAUGUACGCCUGCUGAGCAAGUCAGGCGGCAAGCGCGACUAUCAGCGUCAAUAAAAUCACGCAGCUUGUGCAUCCAUUGCCAUUUUGAA